CCAGAGCAGGCGACGGAGGAAGGGCGCGACAAGACGAGGGACGGCGACAUGGCUGAAAGCGAGAAGACGGUGGCAACGGGAGGGGUGGUGCGAGCGGAGAGGGUAUGGGAGGUGGCGGUGAGGGGGCGGAGCGCAUUGGGGACAGCCCGCUGGAGAGCGAGGCGGCCAAGCAGGAGUAUGCGCGGCGACUGCGGCUGCUGUUCUCGCCAAAGGAGGUGAUCGAGGCCGAUGGUCGGCUGCGGCAGAACUACUUUCGUCCGUCCAAGAAGGAUUGGGAUGAGCACAUGGAUACGCAGAAGAGUCAUAAGUGGGGCGCCAAUGAGCGUGCGCUGCUCAUCGCUGGGCUGAUGCAGUAUGGCGUGGGCGGAUACACGUCCAUGAUCAAGGACUUGCUGCCCGGGUGGACCAAUCAGCAGCUGAGAGUCAAGACGCAGCGCCUACUUGGUCGCCAGAACUUGUCAGAGUACCGCGGCUGGCACCCGGCCUCGCUGGAGGAGAUCGAGACCGUCCGCAAGUUCAACCAUGGCAUUGGCGUCGCUUCCGGCGCGUGGAAAGCCGGUGUCCUCGUUGCCGACGAUGGUGGCCGCGCUGUGGCUGCCAUCGAGGCUGCAAAAGCCGAAGGAAAGCCCGGAUCGUCGGUUGACAUCCUCUCCAAGGAGGAGUACGCCCGUCGCCGCAACGAGCGCCUGACAGAGCUCGCCGCCGCGCGCUCGGGCGCCGGCCCGCAACCGAUGAAAAUCGAGCUUCUGUCCAAGAAGCCGUCGCCGGUCGGCGUCAUGCCACCGCCGAGCAAGCCGGCGGCAGACGUGGUGCCGAUGGUCACCAGCUCGACUGCGAGCACAGUGUCCGCCGCCGCCGCCAGCACUGCCGGCAGCGCGAGCACCGGAAUCGCCGCGAGCACCGGAGCCGCCGCGAGCACUGGAGCCGCCGAGGGUUGGUGCGUGUGCAACGGCAAGGUGACCGACAAGUGGAUCGGAUGCGACGGUCCAGACUGUGUCACCAAGUGGUAUCAUCUCUCCUGCGUCAAGGUAGCGGUCAUCCCCUCUGGCUCGUGGUUCUGCCCGACCUGCAUCGCGAAUGCGUAGUGCCAACAAACAAACACCAGCACCGCCCACC